AUGCGAAGCCCUUCAGGUGCUUCUGCCCAGCAGAUGAGCUCAUUCUACAACAGCAGGCUCGCAGGCUCGCGGAGAAAAGGCCUGCCAAUCGAGACCCGCAGUUCCCCAGCUGCAUCCCAGGACCCGGCCCUGCUGGAUGCGACCGCAAUCUUGAUUGACCCCAGGGAUCCUCCGAGGAGAGAUGGGCACUGGAUUCGAGCUGGACAUUGCAUCAAUGCCAUCUUUUUCAUGUCCUCUCGACCUCCACAAAGCCCCGUACUGUCGCGAUUCUCGAACUCGACCGUACCAGGUCGUUUACACCUGCCGGCCGAGGUCCUGACACCGAUCGUCGAGGAGGUCUGCAUCACAGCGGAGCUUGACAACCUGGGCUAG